AUGGAAGUUAAAUAUUAAAAAAGCUAUUAAAUUUUAUUUUAAUAAAUAGGGUUAGAAGUGGUCUACUAUUAAGAUUUUACUCCUAUUCUUUCCUGCUCUAAUCUUUUUAGCUAGUAUUUGUCUAUAGUUUCUGGUUCUUUUUCUGGUGGAAGUUGCUAAUAUUAAUGCUAGAGAUCAGAUAACGGAAAUCAUGCUGACAUAUUUUCAACAAAUAUGUCUAAUUAUCCUAGCGGAUUCUAAAUGAUAAAAUCAAUUACAAAACCUUAUUCUUUUUUUGGUGUUAAUUUAGUUUAUUUAGUGAAAGAUGACCCCUUGAAUAUGAAUAUAUUUGAUGGAAAUACUUCUUUGUUCAGUUAAAAUUAUAGCGGCGGUAGUACAGGUACGAAUGUGGAAUAUAAUUAUAGACUAAAAUGUUCUUUUUGGUCUGGAAAUUUGUAAGUAAGUAAGGAAACAGUUUAAUUAAAUUAAUAUCUAGCAUCAGACACUAUAAAAUUGUAGUUUAAAUAACAUGUAACUAGUGAUUUUUCUUGGUAUGGUGUUUUGAAGUUAAGGGCAUGGGCUAAUUGUGUUGAGAAUUGUAAUAUUUGCUUAGACAAUACGAACUGCAGCAGCUGUCUUUAAGGGUUUGAUAGGUAUACACUAUAAUCAGGAUAAAAAGUAUGUGAAUAAACUUAAGAUUGCAACAUAACAAAUUGUUUUUCAUGUAUCAAAAGUCCUGCUUCUUCUCUAACAUUUACUUGUGUUAAAUGUCUACCAGGUUAUUCAUUAGAUACUAACAAAAAUUGUAUUGCAAAUACUGGAGGAGAUUGUCCUGCAAACUAGUAUUAAUCAAUGGUUUAAGGUUGCUAAGCCUAUAGUAGUUAAUGUUUUUUGUAAAAGUAAAAUACUUACUUUACUUGGUUACCUUGUCCUGGAUAAGUAAAUUUAUCUUAAUACAAAUGCUUAAAUUUUUAGUCUAUUCUUAUCUAUGAACAUAAAAAUUAUUCUCUUUAUACAUGUGGCUGCCCUGUAAAUAAUUGCAUUUAAUGUCCAAAUCCAAGCUAAUGCUCUUAGUGUUAAUUAGGAUAUACUUAUGAUCCUAUCUCUUUAACUUGUACUUUUGUGAUAUGCCCUGUAUUAUAUUCCCACGAUCCUUAAACUGGUCUAUGUAGUAAAAAUUGCAGCGGAAAUGACUGUUAGUAAUGUGAUUAAAAUCAAUAAUGUACUUUAUGUAAUCCUACAGGUAAUUUUUAUAUAGAAACCGCAAAUCCAGUCAAUUGCGCUUUGUGUACAAUUUAAAAUUGCUCAAGCUGCUCAGGAGAAGGACUUUGUUAGCAAUGCUAAAACUAUUUUUCCUUAAGUUUAGACAGAACUGCUUGUAAUCCUUGUAAUGUCAAAAAUUGUAGUUAAUGUGUAAUUGGUUAACCUAGUUUAUGUUAGACAUGUAUAGCUGGUUAUAUUUAAAGCUCUGAUAAAACUACUUGUUCAUGUUCUGUGUAAAAUUGUUAAACAUGCAAUUCUUAAGAUGGUACAAUUUGUGAUUUUUGUGUAAAUGGAUAUUUAAUUAGUUUAGACAAAAAGUAGUGUUCAUGUGUUGUUCCUAAUUGUUCUCAGUGUAUCUAAUCGCUAAUUUGUACCUGCUAAGUUUAUGGAUGCUAAACUUGCACUCCUCUGAAUAGGCUCAUGUGUUAAAUUUGUUAUUCGAAUUUCAUUAUUUCAUAAAGUGGAUCUUGCUUAUGUAAUGUUUAGAAUUGCAGCCAAUGUAGUGCAACAGAUGGAAAUACAUGUAAUACAUAUUGCUAAGUAAACAGCUGUAAUUAAUGUGAUUAAAACAAUGGAAAAAUAUGUAUAUCUCCUAAGCCAGGUUAUACUUAUGAUCCUAUAAGUUAAACAAAUAAAUGUAAUUUUGCAAACUGUAAAAGAUGUGACCCAAACGAUGGAAAAAUUUGUUUGUAAUGUUAAAAUGGAUAUAACUUCAGUUUAAACUAAUGUUAGUGCAAUGUUUAAUAUUGUUAAAAAUGUGAUCCUUUAAAUGGGAGUACAUGUCAAUAAUGCAUUACUGAAUAUCACUUUAAUCCAACUGGUUAAACUGUUUACUGCUAGCUGAAUUGCAACUUAGAUAACUGCAAAGAAUGUUAAGAUCCUCCAAAUAAUAAAACUUAAUGUAAAAGCUGUAAUUCUGGAUAUGUAUUAGAUCCAUCUACAAAUUAGUGUGUUUCAACUUAAUGCAAAGUUCCUCAGUGUAGUCAAUGCUAACCAUAUAAACCAAAUCUAUGCUAAACAUGUAAUGAUAAAUAUAAUUUAAAUUAUGAUUCUCAAUGUAUUUUAUCAAUAAAGAAUGAUUUUUCUGUUUAGUAAACCGUGAUUUAAAAUGUUGGCUAUAAUAUCACUUUAAUUUUUAAAAAUUAAAUAGUUAUGGAAGAUUAAAAUUUUGACAGUUAAUUAAACAUUUGCAAAAACUUAAAUAACUCAAAAAUUCAAAUGUAAUUCGGAUCAAUUAUAGGAGGUUUAGUGCUACCUUAAAAUGACCAAUAUUCUGAUGUAUAUAACAAAAAAUAAGAAAACAACUUGAAAGAAUUUAAUUUAAAGACUUCAAAUGAAAACAAAUAUUUACAAAAAAUUGAAUAUGAAAAACUAACAAGAUAAAAGUAGUUACAGUAUAAGUGGAGUAGAUAUACAAAUCCAUAAGAAGAAAAAUCUGCUAAUAUAAAAAAUGGAAUAAGUGAGGUGUUACUAGUAAUAAUGCAGGUUACAAUUUGUUUCUUAGUUAAAGAUGAUGAAAGUUAAAGAGAAGAAGAUAGAUUUAAUAUAGGAUGGAUUAUAGUUGGUAGUGCAUCUUUAAUUUUAACUAUACAUAUUUUUAGUGUUGUUGUAGAUCUAUUAAAAGGCAUUUAUAAUCUUGUUAAAGAUUUUAUUUGCACACUGAUAAAACCAAAAGCAGAGAUAGAAAGUUUAAAAUAAGAAAAAUUCGUUGAGGAAUAGAAUAAAUAAAAUAAAUUUUUAAGACUAACUUCUUAAAUUUCGGUUGAUAAAUUAAGAUUUAUGAAAAAGAAAUUAAGCUUAGUUCCUUAGUCAUAAUUAGAUAUAUCUAUGGUAUCAAUAUAAAGACAUUAAAUAAAAUAAAAAUAAAUAAUAGUUUAGCCUAAAAAUAAUGAAAGCAACCAUAUCAUAGAACUACAAAAACAAUCAGAAAAUUGUGACUUGUUAUAUAAACAAACCCUUAAAGACGAAGAAAAUUAAAUAAAAAAAAAUGAUAAUUCUUUUUGA